UGAAACAGAAAUAUGUCUCUAUUUGUUAGUGUUUUGAUUAUUUUACUAUUUUCGUACGGACAAACUGAGGGUGCCAAGGAAAGAGCAAAGAAUAACAGAGCCAGUAAUGUGAAUGAAGACUCCACAGGGUCUCAAAAAACAGUGACUCUGGAUGACGAUCCUUCGUUGUGGCCAGGUCAUUUGCAGGAAUUUGGAAAAACGGGAAGAGUUCACACUUUAGACCUUCAUAGGAAUUUUCCAUCUUCGGUCGACUUCUUAAAUAACUAUGCAGCGCCGUAUCUUCCUGUUUACUUCAAAGCAGCAGAAAAGAAUUCAUUUCCAUUUCAAAACUGGAAAAAUAAAAACUAUUUCUUACGAUUACCACAAACUCUAACAAAUUGGGUGACCCUACCUGACCAGAAUAAAAAUAUUUCAUUUAGAAAAUAUAUAUCACAUUAUGCUGACAAAGGAUAUUACUGUGAUCAGGAAAUUCCACACUUCUUGAGAGAAGACGUUUCUGUUCCUAAAUGUCUACUAUGUCAAGCAAUGGUAAAAUCAUUAUCAAAACACAAUCUAUGGAUAAGUCAUCACAACCACUCCAGUAUAAUUCAACGAAGAAAUACAGAUACCAUAAAAUGUGUGUAUGUUGGUCGGCAGGAGGUGACGAUGAUAAGUCAUAUAGAAUAUGGAGAAAAGAUUCCAGCUGAUUAUAAAGAUAUUGAUGUAAAACAUGUUGAUUAUAAUAAAUACCCGACUUUACGAGAAGUUGAAUAUUUUAAAGUAAAAGUUAAAGCAGGAGAUUGUCUCUUUAUACCGACUAAAUGGUAUUGGCAAGUAAAUUCUUAUGGUAAAACAUAUUCAGUAAAUAUAGAAUGGUACCACAGAGCAAAAUCAGUGAAAGAUUCCGAUUGUAAAAUGACAAAUACAAUAUCCAACUUAAACAGUGUUAGUUUUAAAGAUGGCCCAGGCUCUGAUAUUAACAAACAAGAAAUUAUUUUACAUUAUCUGACUUCCUACCUGACAGAGUCCAAGAAUUUUACACACAAGCAGUUUGAGAACGCCAUUAAAAAGGACAAGAAAUUAAUGGAAGAUAUGGUUGAAUGGAAUGAUGAAUAUGAAGAAAUAACAAAAGAGGUAUUUGAUAUAUUAGAUGUGAAUAAAGAUAGCAUAUUUUCCUUGGAUGAUCUAGACAGUCUUAAUUCUCGUAUAUUAGAGGAUAUAGGGGGUUUAUUGGAAGAUAGAAUACAGGAUUAUGAAGAUUUAAUGAAAGACCAACAGGAUGAGAUUAAACAAGUUGAAGAACUAACGGCACCUAAAGAUAAAAAGAGUGAUGUUGAUGCUGAAAAGGCUGUACAGGAUUAUUUAAAAGAUUACCUUGCUCAAUUACAAGAUGUUAUCCACGAGAGUAUAGAUGAGAUGGCAGUUACAGGACAACUACCUGAUAUUAAACAGAGAUUUGCUGAAAAACAAGCUAAAGGACAAAUUGGUCAAAAACCUGAUGAUUCAUCUACCAAGACGUCCCAGAAAAAUGGAAGGAGUGAACGGGAAAAGGCCAAAGCUAAAAUAAAACUGGAAAGAGAAAAAAAAAAGUUGAAAGAAAAGGAAGAUAAUGAUUUACAAAAAGAAAAACAAAAAGAUGAAAGCUUUGUUAUUGUUGAUGAUUCAAUUGAAGAAGAAAUAAUUGCCGAUGACGAAGAAGAUAUCGCCAAAAAGUCUGAUAAAACAAAGUCAAGGCAAGAUAAAAUGAAAAAAAAUGAUGAACUGUGAUAUGAUAAACAUGCCAAAGAAAAAAAAUUAAUGCACCCGAUUAAACACAAAUUAAUAUAGCUUUUUUGUUUUAGUUCUCUAAAAAAAAAUAGUUUAUAGAUUUAUCGUUGGGGGUAUAAUAAAGAGAAAAGAUUCGGCCGUUUAUUUACGUUGAACCUGAGCAUUUUCAUAACGAUAUUAUAUGUAUGGGUAUCGAAACGUAGCAUGUUAAUAAAUU